AACAUAUAGUUUGUUAUGGCAUAAUGCAGUAGAAGAAUAACCUCAAAACUAUCAAUUCUAUUAUAUAUUAAAUUAUUUAAUAUUUUGUAUAUAACAAUAUAACAAAUGUAAAAUGAUUCCUAAUUUAACUACGCAUCAACAAGAUGUUGUCGAUCCUGUUGAAGAAAUGUUAAAAAAGACUGGGUGUAUGGAAAUUCAUUAUGAAGUUCAAGAGUGUAUAGCAGAAAGUCAAGAUUGGAGAAAGUGUCAAGAGCAAGUACAAAAAUUCAGAGUGUGUAUGGAAGAAUAUCAAAGAAAAAGAGAGGAGUCAUACUCAAAUAAAUAAAUAUGACAUUAAUAAAUUA